AGAGAGAGAGUAGUGUGUGUGUUCAGACGCAGGGACUGGCACCGCGCCAGUGAUGAACCCCUAACUCCAUCGCCAUAGCUCCGAUCCUCCUCCUCCCCUACUUUGCUCAGCUCUGCUCUCAUGGCCCCCUGCCUCUACAGUUAUGGCUAGGAUUUGUGCAGUGAUUCUUGAAGGGGAGAAUUUUGCAGAGGAGUCGAAUUUGGGUUUGGGAGAAUCUUGUAGAAUUGGGCUGUUGAUGCGAGGAGGGUCACUAUGGUGAUGGGCAGCAAUGGAGGUGCUAAAAUUCAGCCCAUUGAUAGGGCGGCAGUGCACCGCAUCUGUUCAGGCCAGGUGGUGCUUGAUUUGGCAACGGCGGUGAAGGAGCUCGUGGAGAAUAGUCUCGAUGCUGGAGCUACGAGUAUCGAGAUUCGCCUAAAGGAGUAUGGGAGUGUGCUUAUAGAAGUUGCUGACAAUGGAUCAGGGGUCUCACCAGAGAAUUAUCAGGGUCUCACUUUGAAGUACCACACGUCCAAAAUUUCUGAUUUUUCAGACUUGCAAACCCUUACGUCAUUUGGAUUCCGAGGAGAGGCUUUGAGUUCGCUCUGUGCACUCUCAGAUGUAAGUGUCACUACACGUGCUAAAGAGGAAGCUAUCGGUGCCCGUCUGACGUAUGACCAUUCUGGUGUGCUCUCCUCUCAGGAGAGUGUAGCACGAGCGGUUGGUACCACUGUAGCAGUCGCCAACCUCUUUUCGCCCUUGCCUGUCAGGUUCAAGGAGUUCAAGCGCAACAUACGGCGCGAGUACGGCCGUUUGCUGUCCGUAUUACAGGCAUACGCAUUGAUAGCCAAGGGCGUUCGAAUAUUUUGUACCAAUCAGGUCGGGAAAAGUGGGCGGACGACGAUUGUUCGAACACAAGGUAGUGGCUCAGUCAAAGACAACAUAAUUUCUGUGUUCGGUAGCAAGACAGCUGCAUGUUUGGAGCCAUUAAAUAUGGAGGUCUCCGAUGGCUGCCUCGUGGAGGGAUUCAUCUCCAGGCCUGGUAGUGGUUGUGGCAGGGCUUCAGGUGACAGACAGUUUAUUUAUGUCAACGGCCGUCCUGUUGACCUUCCCAAAAUCAACAAGUUGUUAAACGAGCUGUAUGGGUCCUUUAACUCUCUUCAGAAACCGAUGGCAUUUUUGAAUUUCAUCCUGACACCCACAGCUUACGAUGUGAACGUAACUCCUGACAAGCGGAAGGUAUUUCUACACACUGAGAGUGCCUUGUUAACUGCCCUGAAGGAGGCCUUGGAGUGUGUAUAUACCCCUGAUAAGUACACUUACACUGUCAACAACUUUGCUGAUAAAGCUACUUCUUCCCAGCAUGGAGUAAGCAUUGUUGAUUUUGAGACCCAGCCUCUCAGUCCAAUUGGUCAGUUAGAUCCUGAGGAGGAUGAUUUUGAGAAUUUGGAAGAGAAAACUGCUACUGCAGAAGAAAGUGAAGUCGUUCCCAUGCGUAGAGGUGGGCUUGGUGGAGGAGCAGUUCGUACCAGUUUGGGAACUCCCACAGCUUCUCCAGUUUCUGGACGGAAAGAUGGAUCCAAGAACGAUUUUAUUGAUUUGGCGAAUUUCAAAUUGAAGGGGGCCAGAACUGUAGCAAGUGAGAAGGGGAAUGUUAUUACGCCUUCCGACGCUCUUGUGAAUAAUUUAAAGUUGAAUAGGAUCGCUCUCAAGACAUCGCAGUCUCGUCUAACAGGUUUUGUUUCGACAAGCAAAAAGACUUCUUCUAAAAAAAGGGAUGCGCCUGCACGUAUGGGGGAGGAUUUUGAAAUGGAGGAAGAGGACAAGAUGGUAACUUUUGAACCGAGCCUAGACGGAACUUCUGCAAUGGAAGUUGAAGAUAUCACUUCUACAAAGAAAAUUCAAGAAAAAGACCCCUGUUGUGCAGGUCACACUGAGCAUGCUCUAACGCCAGCUGCUCCAAAGCUUAAACUUGUAAUUGGUCUGAGUGAAAAGGAAGCAAGUUCUAGUAAAGUUGGUGGAGAUGAUGUCGAUUUAGACAAAGAUGAUAAUCACAUCACUGGACUGGAAGAUGAAGGUGUUGAGCUUUCACCGUUGAAUAGAAGCAUAGUUGAUAAAGCUGUCGCGGCUAGCGCACAAGUUGCAAAUCAGCCUUCCGGCCCACCAGUGGACACGAGUGAAGUUUUAUUUGAUAUUCAUAAGCUUCGUAGGAAGAGUGAGCGUGGAUUGUUGCAUUUUGCGGAUACUAUGGCUCCGCAGGGAAAGUCUAUCAAAAGAAUGAGGGGCUUCACUGCCGCAACCUUGGAGGCUGCUCGUGUGACUGAUGGUGGGGCUGGGAAGGAAGCAGCUCUGGUUGCUGCCACCAAAGAACUAGAACGUAGUUUCAAUAAAGCUGACUUCAAGAAUAUGAAGGUGGUUGGACAGUUCAAUCUAGGAUUCGUUCUCGCAAAGUUGGAUCAGGAUCUCUUCAUUGUUGACCAGCAUGCAUCUGACGAAAAGUACAAUUUUGAGCGUCUAACAAAGUCCACAAUUCUGAACAAGCAACCCCUUCUGCGGCCUUUGUCUUUGGAGCUGUCAGCUGCAGAGGAGGUCAUUGUUACUACUCACAUUGAAACAUUCAGACAAAAUGGGUUUGAUUUUGUGGAGAACGAGGAUGCCCCUUUAGGAAGUCGGCUUUCACUUAGUGCUGUGCCAUUCAGCCAGAAUAUCACAUUCGGAAUUGGAGAUGUGCAGGAACUAGUAGGAAUCUUGGCAAACGGAACGGCGCCAGUUGCUAAACCGAGUACUACUAAUGGCACUGGAUCACAAAAUGGAUCACAGAAGGGAGGACUUUUAUCUGCUAUACGUCCAUCUCGGGUUCGAGGAAUGUUAGCCUCUCGGGCUUGUAGAUCUUCCAUAAUGAUAGGCGACGCUCUGUGCAAAAAAGAGAUGGAGAAGAUUCUAUGCCAUUUGGCAGACCUGGAUGCCCCUUGGAACUGUCCCCACGGUCGGCCAACCAUGCGGCAUUUGGCAGAUCUUGAAGUGUUACGACAAAAGUAGCACAGUUUGAUGCUACAAUUGUCACUUACAAUCAGGUUAGAAUGUAAAAAAAUAGCGAUGGUUUAUGAAAUUAAAUUCUCAGUCCAUAUUUAGAUGGAAUAUCGUGAAUAUAGCAUCUGCUCAAUACACCAAGCCUUCCAAUCUUUGCCCAAGUCUUGCCAAGUUGUGUGGUUUGAAAAUCUGUAAGUUUCCUUCCCAAGUGAAAAAGAGUUUCUGUAAACAUAGCGUAGCAUAGCAUGUCUCUGGUUUCUUUUACCUUGGGUCAAAACGAUCAUUCAUUCUGACAGCGGGCAAGAAGUGUAAGGUGAAUUAAACGCUCUUACCUUCAGGAGCCACAAGAUAAUAAAUACUGAGGAUGGAUGUGAAAA